AUGCGCCGUUGCCGUUGUGGCGCACCGACCGGUAAUCAUUGCUUGUCGGUUGGACUCGCACGAGUCGGACCCCUUGUGGAAGGAUAGCACUCUUUCUUUUGUGUUCCAUUCUGUUGAGACGAAAGCACAUACUGACAUAGAAUGUUUGAACAUCCAGCACGAAGGUCAAGGAGAAGGGAUCGAGUGGAUCAACCCAAGUCUCACGUUUCCCGCAUUGCACCCAGCGUCCCUUCCCCGAGUCCGUGAUCGAUGGAAACCUCCAAGCCGACACCGAUCGGCUAACUACAUCCAGUUGCACCAAGAAAGCUUGCGCCUCACCACGGCCCAAAGCAUCCCCGACGCUGUUGCCAGCGGCUUGA